AUGCCUCGUGCAGGCGUAGAACAGGUCGAAAGUGAAUGUUAUGAAGUAAGGAGGGGUCUGGAAGAGUGGAAGGGUAUAGGAGUGAAGAGCUCCUGGAUCGUUGGCCGUUAUAGAAAGAACAAGAGUAGAAAGGGUGUCCUGGCCUCAGAACGGUGCGGCUGCCUUUCGCAGGUUUGGGAUAAAUUUCACGAAGAAAGCGCGACCAUGAGCGGGCGUGUAGCGCUUGCCGCACAUGGACUAGCGUAUUUCAUCUCCUUCCCCUCCCAAGAGCUGUUGGCUGAGAGCACAGCCUGGUGCCCGCUGAGCACUGUGCUGUGCGCACGGACCAAGACGUUUGCGAAGGGGACAACUAAUGUGAAAAUGGUGCCCCCUAAUGAGAGAGGGGCGGAUUGGCGAUUUGGGCACCUCGCCGACCGACUUCACGACCUCUCGCUCGAACAACAUUGCUUUGUGCCUCUUCACGUCCCUAUAUCGCGGAUCCAACGACGACCAGUCCUCCACGAUUCAACAACAAGCUUCAACAUGGUUGUCCUCGCCGCGUCCAUCUGCACCCGAGGCGGUAAAGCCGUGCUCUCGCGUCUCUUCCGCGAGAUGCCCCGGUCCCGCGUCGAAGCGCUGCUUGCCUCCUUUCCCAAGCUUGCCGACAGCGGCACCCAGCACACCACCGUUGAGCAGGACAACGUCCGCUUCGUCUACCAGCCCCUCGAUGAGCUUUACAUGGUUCUUAUCACGAACCUCCAGUCCAACAUCCUGCAGGACAUCGACUCGCUGCACCUCUUCGCACAGGUGGUGACGGGGCUGUGCAAGUCGCUCGACGAGCGCGAGAUCACGCGCAAUGCGUUCGAGCUGCUGAGCGCGUUCGACGAGCUGGUGACGCAGGGCUACCGCGAAAACCUGACCAUGAGCCAGAUCAAGACGUUUAUGGAGAUGGAGAGUCACGAGGAACGCAUACAGGAGAUUAUUGCUCGUAACAAGGAACUAGAAGCCACAGAAGAGCGCAAGCGGAAAGCGAAGCAGCUGGAGAUGCAGCGCAAGGAGUCUGCACGGCGGGGCAUCAGCAGCGCGCCGCGCACACCUGUGUACCCGACAUACACACCGCCAGUGCAGACCACGACGGAGACCUACGACUCCUACGAAGCGGAGAAGAAGAAGAACAGACCAGCAACUACCCUCAAGGGCAAGGGCAUGCAGCUCGGCAAAAAGUCCAAGACGACCGACAUGUACGAGCGGGUUCGUGGCGAACUUGGCCCCGAGGCCGAUACGCUCGUAGCUGCCCCUGCGCCGGCCGCUACCCCUGCAGCAGACCACACCGCCAGCCGUGCGUCGACAACGCUGGACCGCGACGCCAUUCACAUUGUGGUCAACGAGUCGGUCAACGCCAAAAUCACACGGGACGGUGUCGUGAACUCGCUGGCCAUUAGCGGCGACCUCAACCUGCGCGUGUCGGAUGCCAGUCUCACCAAGGUCAAGCUGAACCUUGACGCGCAACCGACACACGGCGCUCAGUUCCGGACGCACCCCAACGUCGACAAGAACCUGUUCAACUCGUCCAGGAUCAUCCAGAUGAGCAACACCGCCAAGGGCUUCCCCGUCAACCAGUCGGUCGGUGUGCUGCGGUGGCGGGCGUCGCCCAAGGUGGACGAUACGGCGGCUCUGCCCAUCAGCUUCACGGUGUGGGUGAACAAAGACGGCGACGGUAACUGCACCCUGACGGUGGAGUACGAGCUGACGGGUGGCGAUGCACUGGACGACGUCGUGGUGUCGAUCCCGUUCGCAGUCGAGCCCACGGUGUCGAGCUUUGACGCGACAUAUGAAGUCGCCGGCGACAGCAUCGAGUGGCAGGUGGGCUCGGUGGACGAGAACAACGCUUCGGGCUCGUUUGAGUUUGACGCACAGACGGACGACGAGAACGAUUUCUUCCCCAUGCAGGUCCGCUUCUCCAAGUCGACGCCGUUCGUUUCUGUCGAUGUGACUUCGGUCGAACUGGUUGAGAUGGAUGAGGAGGUGGCGUUCUCCAAGGACGUCAAGUGCACGGCGGAUAACUACUCGAUCGAGUAG